AUGGAUGAUUCCGAGCAGCCAGGCCUACCAACCUCAAGAUCUCCUGCUGAAGACCCUCCUCGCGCAAUGUCAUCCACUCCACCUCCGACCGGCCCCUCAACCGCCAACAAGACUUCCAAAUCGCGCCAAAAACCUCGUUCAAGCCGUAAGCCACGCUCCACAUCCACCAAGGCCGUGAAUCUGCUCGCCAGCAACCCAAAUAACCCAUCGAUUGCGUCGGACACGGGCACACGUGACAUUUCCAACCUUCCUCCUGAUCGCAUGGCCCCAGCUUCCGCGACUGGCUACCAAUCUUUGGCUGGAGUGAGACAACCUCUGACCUCUACACCCCAGACCAGCACGCCGCUCCCGGACAUGAACAUUGGUGAAACGCCAAGCACUACGGUACUUUCAGGUGCCAGAACUUUUGAGCCAUGGUCUCCUCUCACGUCGCCUGCUUCAAGCAAUUCCACCCGGAAUGCGGUACCGCAAAUCGGAACUGUGACAUCACCCGAUCAAACUUCUCCCAAUUCACCUUUGCAACCAAAUGACAAUCAAAGCGGGCAACGUGCAUCUCCUGCUUUGUUCAACCCCGCGAGUCGCGAAGCUAGUCCUCUUGCCUCGGAGCAGCGUCCAGUACAAACCUCCACCGCAACCACCAGCGCUAUCGCCGUGGUCCUUGCGCUUCCUAUCAAGGCACAUGCCCUAUGCUCAGGAUUACGGUAA